AAUAACGAUACUAGUCCUAAGUUCUGGAAAUGCGAUCACACCUCGGGGCAAGAAUUCAUGGUCACUUGAAGAUAACGCGGCUCCUAAGAGUGAAAGGGUGCGCCCCCGCUUCUUGUAUAAAAGCUCCAAACGGUCCUCAUCAAGCAUCAUUCGACAUCUCACAUCAACUCACUUACUACACAAUGGCAGUCAAGUUCGUAGUACUCGCCUGUAUGGUGGCAGCUGCCAGCGCUGGUGUUGUCCCAGCCGCACCCCUGACUUAUGCCGCACCGGCUUAUCACGCUGCUCCAGUGGCAUACCACGCUAGUCCAGUAGCCUACGCUGCCCCAGUCGCUAAAGUUGCAGCCGUUGCCCCAGUCGCCAAAGUCGCCGUGGAAGAAUACGACCCACACCCCCAAUACAGCUUCGCCUACGACGUUCAAGACGGUGUUACCGGUGACUCUAAGACCCAACACGAAACUCGCGAUGGUGAUGUUGUCCAGGGCUCUUACUCCGUUGUCGAACCCGAUGGCACCAAGCGCACCGUUGAGUACACCGCUGACCCACACAACGGUUUCAACGCUGUCGUACACAGGGAACCAUUGGCUGUGAAAGUCGCCCCCGUAGCUAAGAUCGCUGCUGCUCCCGUAGCAUACGCCGCGCCCGCCCCCGUGUCAUACGCAACACCCGUCGCUAAAUUGGCAUACGCUGCUGCCCCCGUUGUGCACGCUGCUCCUGUUGCGAAGUUCGCCACACCCGUCGCGUACUCUGCCCCUAUCUACCACCACUAAAUUAAUGCCAAAACUUAAAAAUACAUCAGAAUAAUGUAUUAUUUUAAAUACAUUCAACUGUGUAUUGUAGACAAGUUACGUAAUUUAGUGUAGGUUCAUUAAAUUAUUUUUUUACUUUAA